AUGCCUCUUUCUUCAGACUCCAUCAUUGCUAUCAUUGGCGUCAUUGUCACUCUGCCACCCUCAGCGCUCCUAGUAUGCCAAGCCAUACGUCGACGGCGAUCGCAACGAGAUCAACCUGCUCUCCAUCCAUAUUCGGAGGACCGAGAACGUCUGUCUCCGACCUCGACCACGAGGCAAGCAGCGCUGCCGUAUGAGCUCGUUCCAAUGGUUCCUACGACCCAGGUCGUGACGGGGAUGCCAGAGUCCCGUCAAUCGUCGUUACCCUCACUUGAAACUCGAGCAGACGGCUUCGAACCCAACGCCAUCUACACCGUGCCACGAGAUGCAGCCAGUUCCCAUCUGUCUGUGCCACGUCAACGGACAGAUCUCCGCAUUCACCUCGCCUUCGACCUCUGGCAAAUGUCCCAAAUCUAUCCGGCUGAUAUGGUUUGA